GCCCGCACCUAUAUAAUCCUUGAUAAUACAUGAUCUGUGAUGUGCUGGAAGGUCGCUGAAUAUUUUUCAAGUUUUCUGGCAAUGUUCAAUGUAUUGAUACUUUUAAUGUCUGCUUUACAAAGUAUUAAUUUAGUUCAGUGUCCUCGUUUGUAUAUAGUGUUUAAUGAAUUAAACUUACGCGUUUUUUGUCCUGCAUAGUUACAGACGAAAACCAUACGGGGUAGUGUGUAAAUAUAUGGAACACGUGUUUGAUUGUGUGUUAAGUAAUACAUAACUGGUGUUCUGUGUUGUAUUACAAUUCGCGUGGAUUAGAUUGUGGGUGCUAAGUCCAUAAGCCGCUAGUUAUGGGUAGGAAGGCCAAAUUUUCAGAGGGUACUAAAGUGAAGAAGGGUCCGGGCCGGAAAGCGAAGAAACAGAAGGAUCCAGCAAUUCCCAGUCAUCUCAUUGAUGGUUCCAAAAUAAAAAAACCGUUGUCACGCAGGCAGAAACAACGCGCGCUGAAGAGAGCAAAGAAGAAUGCAGAUUUUCUAGAGAAGAGAAACACGUCAAAGCAACGACAGUUUCCAAAAGAAACGGAUGAUUCUCACAACUCUAGUAUUUUUACUGAAGGGGAGCAUGAUCGUGGGAUCCUAGGAUUUACUGAUGACAAUCAGUCAUGGCUUAAGCCAGUCACUAAGAAGAAGAAAGGGGAGCAGUUUCUGGGAUCCGAUGGGGAAGAGGCACAGCCAGAUUCAGAAGGAAGUAUUAUUGGAGAAGAAACAAUGUCAGAUUCAGAAGGAAGUGUUGUUGGAGAAACACAGUCAGGUUCAGAAGGAAGUGUUGUUGGAGAAGAAACAAUGUCAGAUUCAGAAGGAAGUGUUGUUGGAGAAACACAGUCAGGUUCAGAAGGAAGUGUUGUUGGAGAAGAAGCAAUGUCAGAUUCAGAAGGAAGUGUUGUUGGAGAAGAAGCACGAGAUUCAGAAGGAAGUGUUGGAGAAGAGGUGCAGACAGACUCUGAAGGAAGUGCUGCUGGAGAAGGGCAUUCAGGCUCAGAAGGAAGUGUUGAAGGUGAAGGGGGUCAUCAGGAAGAAAUGAAUUUGGAUGAGGAUGAAAAUUACAAAGUGGAAGGACUGGAUGAAAUGAACGAGGCUGAUGAAGAUGAAGUAAAUAAUGAAUUUGAGGAUGCUGACUGGGAUGGAGUAGAUAGUGAUGAAGUGAGUGAUCAAGAAGAUGGUGAUAAUAGUCACAGCAGUAAGAGAUACAGUGAUGAAGAUCAUGAAGAUGACCUGCUGCCUAUUGAGAAGGCAGCCAAGAAACUUAGGAAAAAACAAAAACAGGAGGAGAAGCUUGCAGAAGAAGAGCUGAAGAUGAAUGUGGCUGACCGGGAUGUGUUUACAUUUCCUUCAGAAAGUGAAUUGAAAGAACCAUUAGGUCUUCAAGAGGUUCAGAGAAGAAUAAGGGAUGUAGUAGCUGUAUUGUCAGACUUUAACAAACUUCGAGACAAGGACAGGUCCCGCUCUGAAUAUCUUGAGUUACUUCAGAAAGACUUGUGUACAUACUAUAGUUACAACAAAUUCUUGAUGGAACGAUUGAUACAGUUGUUUCCAUUAUCUGAGCUGAUGGAAUUCCUUGAAGCUAGUGAAGUGCAGCGGCCACUCACCAUCAGAACAAACAGUCUCAAAACUCGAAGAAGAGAUCUUGCACAGGCCCUUAUAAACAGGGGCGUGAACUUGGAUCCAGUUGGCAACUGGACUAAAGUUGGUUUGGUUGUUUAUUCUUCAACAGUCCCUAUUGGGGCCACACCAGAAUACCUUGCUGGGCAUUAUAUAAUUCAGGGUGCAUCAAGCUUGCUUCCAGUUAUGGCCCUUGCCCCACAAGAGAAUGAGAGAAUUCUGGAUAUGUGUGCUGCGCCUGGAGGAAAAUCAUCACACAUUGCGGCAGUGAUGAAAAAUACUGGCGUACUGUUUGCUAAUGAUAUAAAUGCAGACAGAAUAAAGGCAGUAGUAGGGAAUUUUCAUCGUCUUGGUGUUGUCAAUUCAGUUGUAUCUUCCUGUGAUGGUCGAAAGUUCUCUGCAGUGAUGAAGGGCUAUGACAGAGUCCUUCUAGACGCCCCGUGUUCAGGAACUGGUGUAGUUGCCAAAGAUCCCAGUGUGAAGACCACUAAGGAUGAGACAGAUAUCACACGUUGUUUUACCCUUCAGCGUCAGUUACUGUUAGAAGGAAUAGAUUGCCUGAAAGCCAAUUCAUCAACUGGUGGUUAUAUUGUGUAUUCCACUUGUUCUAUAUUGCCAGAGGAAAAUGAAUGGGUUAUUGACUAUGCCUUGAAGAAGAGGGAUGUGAAACUUGUACCAACUGGAUUAGAUUUUGGGACAGAAGGAUUCACAAGUUACAGGCAUCACAGGUUCCAUCCAACAAUGAAACUAACGCGAAGAUUUUAUCCUCACACUCACAAUAUGGAUGGGUUCUUUGUUGCUAAGUUAAAGAAGUUUUCCAAUAAUAUUCGGAAGUCCAAUGUUGUGAAAGAAGAAGAAGAACAUGAUACCUAAAGCAGAAAGUUAGAAAUUAAUUUCUGCAACAAUCAGUAAUAUAGUAGCUAAAGUACCAUUCUUUUCCAAGGUUUUCUGACACAAUGCAAUUAUGUAUUUCUUAUAAUAAAUCUGUUUAAUAAAUUCCUA